CAUGGCGGGCCCCCGGGCGGUGUGGCUGUGGCUGUGUCUGUCGGUGCCGGGGGCCCCGGGGGCGGUCCGGCCGGCCCCGCCCUGCCCGGCGGCCUGCCUGUGCGCCAGCGACAUCCUGAGCUGCUCGAAGCGGGAGCUGCUGACGGCCCCGGCGCACCUGCCCCGCUACGCGGCCCUGCUGGACCUGAGCCACAACAACCUGAGCCGGCUGCGCGCCGACUGGACGGGCCAGCGGCUGGCCCGCCUGCACACGCUGCUGCUGGGCCACAACCGGCUGGCCUUCAUCUCCGGCGAGGCCUUCGCCCCCGUGCCGGGCCUGCGCCACCUGGACCUGUCCUCCAACCGGCUGCGGGCCCUGGACGAGCUGCUGUUCAGCCAGCUGCCCAGGCUGGAGGUGCUGCUGCUCUACGACAACCACAUCGCCGAGGUGGACCGCAGCGCCUUCGACGGGGCGGCCGGCCUGCGGCGCCUCUACCUCAGCCGCAACCAGAUCUCCCGCUUCCCGCUGGAGCUGAUCCGCGACGGGGCCAAGCCGCCCGAGCUCAGCCUGCUGGACCUGUCCGCCAACCACCUCAAGAGCCUGCCGCUGGCCGAGCUGGGCCUGCUCCCGGCCUGGCUGAGGAACGGCCUCUACCUGCACGGCAACCCCCUGGUCUGCGACUGCGAGCUGUACCGGCUGUUCCGGCACUGGGAGCUGCGCGAGCUCAGCUCCGUGGUGGACUUCAGGGAGGACCUGGCCUGCUCCCUCCCGGCCCCGCCCGCCAAGAGGACCGUCGGCGUCCUCGGCCUGGGCGGGCCCGACCUCCUCAACUGCAGCGACUUCAAGGAGUGCGCCGUGGAGGCCUACCUGGGCGACACGCUGGUCAUCGGCUGCGACGCCAGGCAGCGGGGGGCCGCCAGGGAGUGGGUGACCCCGGCCCGCGAGCGAGUGCCGGGCCAGGCGGCCAACGGCACGGCCGCCGUGCUGGCCGACGGCAGCCUGCGGAUCCAGCCCGUGAGGGCCGAGGACCGCGGCACCUACACCUGCCACGCCGUGGGCGAGGCCUUCAACGAGACCCUGUACGUGGAGGUCACCGUCUACAAUUUCACCCAGCACAGGCCCCACGACACCCUCAACACGGCCUACACCACUCUGGUGGGCUGCAUCCUCAGCGUCGUCCUGGUCCUCAUCUACCUGUACCUCACGCCCUGCCGCUGCUGGUGCCGGGGAGGGGACGGGCCGGCCAGCCACCGAGGGGACAGCCUCAGCUCCUCCAUGCUCAGCACCACCCCCAACCACGAUCCCGGCGACGGGGACGGGAAGGACGGCGGCGCCUUCGACCGGCGCGUGGCCUUCCUGGAGCCGGCGGGCCUCGGGCCGGGCCAGAACGGCAAGCUGAAACCCGGCGGCGCGCUGCCCGGGCCGGAAGGGCUCGAGGGCCGGCGGAAGCUGUCCGACCCGGACUCCGUCAGCUCGGUCUUCUCCGACACGCCCAUCGUGGUGUGAGGCGGGGGGAGGGGGGUGUGUGUGUGUGUGAUGGGGAGACCCCCUGGAGAGAGAGGUGAAGGCCAGCCCCCCUCCCCGCCGGAGAGGCGAGGGGAAGGGAGGGAGGGGGCUGCCAGAGGGAGUUGCCGGCCCCUGGCGACGAGGGAAAUGGCCCCGGGGAGAAGCCCCCGUCCCUUCCCCGCCGAGCGCGGGGCUGCCGGGAAGAUACUGCAAGAUUUUCCAACGUGGCUACAAAAUCCUCGACCCCGUGUUCCACGCCUCCCGGUCCCCGACCGGUUCACCCGGGGGUAGAGAUGGGGCUCGUCCCCGGCCGCAUCAGAGCCGGCUCGAUCCCCAGGCGCUCUCCCUCUCCCGCCCAGAUGGUCCCAGCCCCCUCCAGAGAGAGCGUGGUCAUGGGGAGGAAGAUCGGGAGGCACGGUUUUCUGUGCCUCGGCCAACCUGCGCGGGCCUGGGGCGGGUCUACCGUGAAAACGCAUCUGGGUAGCAGAAGGCGGGGCUUCCGGCGGCUGUCCGUCCUGGCAAAGCGGGGGUCGGGAAGCCGCCUGUCUAAUAAGGGGCGAGAGGGUCAGCGGCAGAUUCGUGCCACGCCGAGAUCAUUCUCGGCCUAGGGCCGCGCUUUCCUCCCCUCCGCCGAGGACCAGGUGGGCUGUAAGGUGGCCUAGGAAUCGGUGACCGUAACCAAGGAGGGACGUCGUAGCCCCCGUUUAGUUUCAGA